AUGGUGGUGAUCUGGAGGCUGAGUGUCUUUGGUGGUGCUCAAAGGGCCCAAGCUCUGUUCCUCCAAACCCCAGUGAUUAGACCUGCUCCUGUCUCGGCACUUGUCCAGGACUGGUCUCCCCUAGGAGGGGGGCACACUCGCCUGUCCCCCAGCCACUGUUCUAGUUCCCAGGCUGCAUCUCUCCACCGGACUGGUGAGAGGGUUGUCAGUGUUUUGCUCCUGGGUCUGCUCCGAGCUGCUUGUUUGAAUCCUUGUUCUGCGACGGACUGCUCCCAGCUUGCAGCUCUCUCCCUCUAUGGUCCCUGGGGCCUGGGACAGGCUGUUACUGACUGUGUCCAUGAGGAUGCACCACAGGAAGCUGCCAAGGCAGGCCUCCUGGCACUCUGGGCUUUAACCAUUGCUGGUGUGUGCUAUUGCAGGUACCACGAUGUAGGCAUCUGCAAAGCUGUUGCCAUGCUGUGCAACCUCUGA